AUGACACCCACAGCGUCCGCAUCCCGCGUGUUUUUCUUUGACAUUGACAAUUGUCUAUAUGCAAAGAGUGUGGGGAUAUAUCGCGAGAUGGGAAAACGUAUCCAUGCGUAUUUCCAAACGUUGGGAUUACCAGAUGCAGAAGCAUCCCGUCUUCAUCAUAAAUAUUACACUGAAUACGGUCUUGCCGUUCGUGGACUCGUAAAGCACCACAAUGUCGACCCAAUAGCCUAUGAUAAGGUCGUUGAUCAGAGUAUCCCAUUGGAAAAGUAUUUGAAAUAUGAUCAAGAGUUGCGUGGUAUGUUGGAGGGGAUGAGUGGGGUCAAGAAAUGGGCGUUUACGAAUGCGUAUCAAGUUCAUGCGAUGCGGGUUUUGGAACUUUUGGGUAUACGAGAUCAGUUUGCCGGGAUUACUUUUUGCGACUACAGUCUUCCAGACUUUGCAUGCAAACCCGAUCCCCGUUACUACGCCCAAGCCAUGCGCGACGCGGACAUAUCUGAUCCAUCGCAAUGUUAUCUUGUUGACGACUCCGCAGCUAAUAUCGAUAUGGCAAAGCAAUUGGGGUGGACGACGGUGCAUGUAACAGAUGAUCCCGAGUCUAUGCAUGGAGAUUUUCAGAUACAGUGUGUGAAAGAGUUGCCGAGUGUAUUACCAGAGUUUUGGGCGGCGCGGAAUUAA